AUGAGUUCUGCCUCCAGCGAGCCUGGCAGUGGGGAUGCAGCAGAGCAGUCCCAGCUGGGGCUGGACACCGUGAUCCAGAGGCUGGAGGACACUGUCCUGAGCCCCACGGCCAGGAAAGAAGACCGGGCACUGACCGUGCGUGGGGAAGGCUGGCGGGCCUCACCCACCCCCCUGCCUGCCCGAAUCCGUGAGAUCGUGGCCGGCAGCCUGGGCGAAGAGCCACCCCAAGGGCUGCGGGAGCUGCCAGGCGCCUCGGCACAGGUGCAGGAGGAGAGGGAGCUCCUGCAGGAAGAGCUGUCCCGGCUGGAGGGCCUGCUGGCCCAGGUGGGCACCGAGCGGGAUGAGCUGGCCAGCAGAUACCACGCGGUCAGUGAGCGGCUGCAGGCCCGGCUGCAGACCACAGAGGCCCGGCUGCGGAGGUCAGAGCUGGAGCACAGCGUGGACCUGGAAGAGGCCCUGGGCCGUUUGGAGGCUGCAGAGCAGAGGAGCACCGGCCUCUCCCAGGUGAACACCCUCCUGAGGGAACAGCUGGAGCACAUGAAGAAGGCCAACGACAGGCUGGCCGACGAGCUGGCCCGGACGACGGGCAGCGUGCUCCACCUGCGGGGCGAGCUGGAGCUGAGGGAGGCUCAGCGCUGGACCGAGAGACAGGUGCUCCUGCCUCCACCCCCUGGCAGGGACAUGGGCUCCAGGGCCUGUGGCUGCUGGGGUCUCUCUGACAUGCAAGCAGAGGCAGCCAGGACAGCCCGGCGCCUGCACACGGCCUGCCUGAACCUCGACUCCAACCUGCGGCUGUCGGCCAGCAGCUCGGCGAGCGCCCUGGAGCGGCAGGGCCUGCACGGUGCUUGGCUCGAGCAGCAGCUGCGGGACAAAGUGCGAGAGAUGCUGCAGCUACAGGGCCGCUGGGAUGCGGAGAAGGUGGCACUGCAGGCCAGACUCUCCGAGCAGACUCGGCUAGUGGAGAAGCUCACAGAGCAAAACUCACAGAAGGAGCGAACCAUCUCUUCCCUCCGAAAGGACCUUCAGAGACUGGAGUCCCGGCGCGGUGGGGGCCAGCUGGCGGCAGACAGCCUGAAGGAGGAAGUAGAGUCCUUGCGGCGUGUUUUGAGCAUCAUCAUGGAGGUGCGGGCCAUCUCGGAGGCUCAGGGGGCUCCCCUGUCUCGUGGGAUAAUCCGGAAGGUCCCCCCUGGCCCUGGCCCUGAGCGCUCUCCCCGCACCAUGAAGGUGGCCCAGGCGGACUCGAGGGGCCAGGAGCUGGCGCAGAGCAGCAGCCCUGACAGGGAGAAGGCUCGGGGUCCACGGAGGAGCCCCCCACGUAUCUCGUCCCCUCAAUGGGGCACAUCCCCACCGCGGGCCCGCUCCCCAUCUGCCCUGGACCCCACACUACAGGCCGUGCAGACAGCCAUAGAGAGGCGGCGGUGGCAGGAGCAGGAGCUGCGUGUGCAGCUGAAGUCCUCCCAGGCGGUGGCGGCCAGGCUCCGGGAGCAGCUGUCCGAGAGGCAGCGGGAGCUGCGGGCCUGUCGGAGGCUCCUGCAGGAGCGUGAGCAGGAGCGGGAGGACCUCCUGGACAGGCUGGAGGCGCAGAGCCAGGAGACGCGGCGCUGCAGGGCGGCCAGCAAGCUCCUGGGAAGAGAGAAGAAAGCUCUGGAGACGGAGUUGGAGGAGCUGAGGGGCAAGGUGGACUCUUGGGCCGUGGACAAGCAGAGGCGGGAGGCCGAGAACGCCGAGCUGCAGAGAAACCUCCUGCUCUGGGCGCAGCAGCGGGAAGAGCUGGAGCAGCAGGGCGAGCGGGGCCGCAGGGAGCUGGAGACCAGUCAAGGGCACCUGGAGCAGCUGGAGGAGAAGGUCUCAGGGCUCAAGAAGGAGCUGGUGUCAGCCCGGGAGGCACUGAAUGCAGCCCGGCUACAGAGGGACCUUCUGGAGAGUGAGAGGGAGGCCCUGCGUGGCACACUGGCCCGGGCUGAGUCCAGCAAUGCUGACCUGGAAUUGCUUGUGACCCGGCUAAAGUCGGAGGGGGUGCAGCAAAGGGACUCCCUGGCCACGAUGGCCGCCCUGAUGGAGGGCCUAGCUGAGGAUAAAAGCAGCCUGACCCACCUGGUCCUGCAGCUGCAACAGGAGGGGGAUCAGCUGCGAGAGCAGGAGCGGGUGCUGAGGCAGGAGCGGGCAGGCGCCCGGGAGCGGCUCGAGCAGGCCGAGCAGCAGCUGCAGCAGCUGGAGGGGCAGGCAGACCGGCUCCGGCAAGAGAGGGCCAAGCUGCAGGACCAGGUGGGCCAGGUCACAUGCAAGAAACAGGCCCUGGAGGAACAGCUGGCCCAGAGCCUGCAGGACCAGGAGGCCCAGAUGGACACUCUCCAGAGGGCCCUGCAGGAGAAGGAGGCCUUGUCUGAGGAACGAGCCCAGCUGCUGGCCAAGCAGGAGGCCCUGGAGACCCAGGGCCAGCUCUCGGCUGAAGAGGCAGCUAACCUCAGGGCCGAGCGGGAUGCACUGGAGAGCAGCCUCUAUGAGGCCCAACAGCUGGCAGAGCAGCUGCAGGCGCAGCAGGAACAUCUAGAGGGAGAGGCCCAGAGUGCCCGGUGUGCCCGGCAGGCCCUGCAAGUGGAAUUGGAGCAGCUGAAGAGUGCCUGGGAAAUCCGGGAGACAAAGCUGGAGUGGGAUGUGGGGCAGCUGCGGCGGCAGGUGGCACAGCAGGAGCGGGAAGCACAGCUGGCCCUGGAGAGCCAGGCACUGGCCCACCGCGAGGACCUCGCCCGGCUCCAGAGGGAGAAGGAGACCUUGAGUCUGUCUCUGACAGAACAGAAGGAGGCAGCAGCUUGCAGGCUGGAACAAGAGAAGGAGCUGGUGGCAAGAAGUGCAGCCACGAGGGAGGCUCUGAAGGAGGAAAUUCAGAGCCUGAAGCACGAGCGGGAUGAGAGCCUCCUCCAACUAGAACACGAGAUGCAGCAGGCGUUGUCUCUGAAAGAAGCAGAAAGGAGCCGGCUGAAGCAGGAGCUUUCAGGUGCCACAAGGGAACUGGAGCGGGUGUGGCAGGAGGCCCACAGCCAGCAGGAGCAAGCAGAGGCCACGGUCAACGCCACGGUGGCAGAGCUGAAGGCCCUGCAGGCCCAGUUUGAGGACGCCAUCACGGCCCAUCAGAGGGAGACCACGGCUUUGAGCCAGAGUCUCCGGGAGAUGGCGGCGGAACGGAGCCACAUGGACAGAGAGGCCAAGAGGCUGCGGGCACAGCUGGAGGAGGCCCGGGAGGGGCUGGCUGCUCUGCGCAGGGAGCUGCAGGGCAGUGAGGACAGUCGCGAGGGGCUGCGCAGGGAGGUCGUGGAGGCCCGCCGGGCACUGGGCGAUGAGGCCCUCGAGAAGGACGUGCUGCAGCGGUCCAACUCCGAGCUGAGGGCUGCCGUGAGCAGGGCCCAGCAGGAGAAGGCCAGCUUUCAGAGGUCCAAGGAACAGAAGGAGCAGAAGGUGCUGGUCCUGGAGGAGGCCCGAGCUGCCGCCCAGACCGAGGCUGCCGAGCUGCGGGCCAGCCUGCAGGAAGCGGAGCAGGCCCGGGCGGACGCCCACCGGGAGCUCCAGGAGCUCCGCAGACAGGUGAAGACACUGGAGAGGGAGAGCCAGAGGAAGAGCCAAGAGGUGCGCCAGCUGCAGGCCCGGUGCGCACAGAGCCGGCAGGAGGCCCUGGAGCGGCAGAGGCAGGAGGCGGAGGUGGAGGCUGCCCUGGAGGACACCCAGAAGCAGGUCCUGCGGCUGCAGCGGACCCUGGCGGAGGUGGAGGGGCGCCUCCAAGAGAGCCGCGGGGCCGAGCAGAGCCUCCGGGCCGAGCUGCACAGCGCCACCCUGAAGCUUCAGCAGGCCAGCGGCGUGGCAGAUGGCCUCCGAGCCGACCUGGAUGGGGCCUGCCGCCGGGUCCACAGCCUGGAGCAGGAGCUGGCCUGGGCAGAGGGCGCCAGGCGGGAUGCGCAGGGCCAGCUGGGCCGGCUGUGGUCCACACUAUGCUGCGAGCUGGGGCUCCGAGCACAGAGCCCCUUUGCCUCCCCUGGGCUGCCCAGCUCCCCCACCAAAGGCUCAGAGGGCUCCCAGGGUGGCUCUGUGCAGCAUAGCGCCAGCCCCCCUGCCAGGUCCCGCUCACCACUCCGAUGGCCCUCACCAGCGCCAGGACAGCGUGGCCGAGACGUGGACAUGGCCUCCGUGAGGGACUCCCUGAGGGGCUUUGUGCAAAAGCUGCAGGAUGCCCAGCGGGAUCGGGACACCUGGCGCUCCCAGGUGGCGAGCCUGAGCGGCCGGCUAAGAGAGGCGGAGAGGGAGCGUGCCCGAGCCCAGAGGCACGUGGGGCGCCUGAAGGAGGCGCUGGCCCAGGCGGAGGAAGGCUGGCGCCAGGCGGAGGGGAAGACGGGCCGCGCCCAGGCCUUACGGGCUCUGCAGAAGGAGGCGAUUCAGAGGCUGGAGAGGGAGCACCUGGCGAGUGUUCGGGCGGCAGGCCAGGAGAAGAAGCGGCUCCAGGAGCAACUAGACGCGCUGCACCAGGCCCUGGACGAGAGCAGAAGGCACAGCCAGGGCCUGGCCCAGAGGAGUCGGCUGCUGGAGGAGCAGGUCGCAAGCCUGGAGCGCAGGUGCCAGGAGGCUGAGCAUGCACAGAGGCCCCUGCAGCAGGUGAACAACAACGGGAUCAUCUCCUUCCUGAAGGAGGUCUCUCAGUUCACCCCAGUGGCCUUCCCCAUCGCCAAGGACCGCUGCGUGGUGGCCGCCUUCUGGGCGGACGUGGACAACCGGCGUGCAGGCGACGUGUAUUACCGGGAGGCCACGGACCCCGCGGUGCUGCGCAGGGCCACGGAGGACGUGCGGCGCUACUUCCCCGAGCUCCCCGACUUCUCUGCCACCUGGGUUUUCAUCGCCACCUGGUACCGCGUGACCUUCUUUGGUGGCAGCUCCUCCUCCCCCGUCAACACGUUCCAGACUGUGCUCAUCACGGAUGGCAAGUUCUCCUUCACCAUCUUCAACUAUGAGUCCAUCACGUGGACCACAGGCACACAUGCCAGCAGUGGGGGCGACGCCACUGGCCUGGGGGGCAUCGCGGCCCAGGCCGGCUUCAACGCGGGGGACGGGCGGCGCUACUUCAGCAUCCCCGGCUCGCGCACGGCGGACAUGGCCGAGGUGGAGGCCAGCACCAACGUGGGCGUGCCCGGGCGCUGGGCGUUCAGAAUCGAUGAUGCCCAGGUGCGCGUGGGGGGCUGCGCCCAUGCAACCUCCGUGUGCCUGGCCCUGCGCCCCUGCCUCAAUGGCGGAAAGUGCAUUGACGACUGUGUCACCGGCAACCCCUCCUACACCUGCUCCUGCCUCUCGGGCUUCACAGGGAGGAGGUGCCACUUGGAUGUGAACGAGUGUGCUUCCCACCCGUGCCAGAACGGUGGGACCUGCACUCACGGUGUCAACAGCUUCAGCUGCCAGUGCCCUGCUGGCUUCGGGGGACCCACCUGUGAGACAGCACAGUCUCCCUGCGACGCCAAAGCCUGUGCCAACGGCGGCCGGUGCCAGGUGGUCAGCGGCUCCGCGGUGUGCGAGUGCCCGGCGGGCUACACGGGCAGCGCCUGCGAGACUGACGUGGACGAGUGCGCCUCCAGCCCGUGCCUGAACGGGGGCUCGUGCGUCGACCUCGUGGGGAACUUCAGCUGCCUGUGCGCAGAGCCCUUCGAGGGACCGCGCUGCGAGGCAGGAAGCCGCCUGGUGCCCGACCCCUGCCUCUCCGCCCCUUGCCAGAACGGGGGCACCUGCGUGGACGCAGAUGAGGGCUACGUGUGCGAGUGCCCUGAGGGCUUCAUGGGCCUCGACUGCAGGGACAGAACCCCUGACUGUGAGUGCCGAAAUGGUGGCAGGUGCAUCGGGGGCAACACCACACUCUGCCAGUGCCCCCCAGGCUUCUUUGGGCUCCUCUGCGAAUUCGAGGUCACGGCCACGCCCUGCAACAUGAACGCGCAGUGUCCCGACGGCGGCUACUGCAUGGAGUACGGCGGGAGCUACCUGUGCGUGUGCCACACGGACCACAACGCCAGCCACGCCCGGCCACGCCUGUGCAGCUCGGGGCCCUGCCGGAACGGGGGCACCUGCAAGGAGGCUGGCGGCGAGUACCAGUGCAGCUGCCCCUACCGCUUCACCGGGAGGCACUGUGAGAUCGGGAAGCCAGACUCCUGCGCCUCGGGCCCCUGUCACAAUGGCGGCACCUGCUUCCACUACAUCGGCAAAUACAAGUGUGACUGUCCCCCAGGCUUCUCCGGGCGGCACUGUGAGAUAGCCCCCUCCCCCUGCUUCCGGAGCCCCUGUGUGAAUGGGGGUACCUGCGAAGACCUGGGCACAGAUUUCUCCUGCCGCUGCCGAGCAGGGUACACAGGACGCCGGUGCCAGGCGGAGGUGGACUGCGGCCCCCCCGAGGAGGUGAAGCACGCCACGCUACGCUUCAACAGCACGCGGCUGGGCGCGGUGGCCCUGUACUCCUGUGACCAGGGCUACAGCCUGAGUGCCCCCAGCCCAGUCCGGGUCUGCGAGCUGCAGGGCGUCUGGAGCGAGCCUCCCCAGUGCCACGAAAUUGAUGAGUGCCAAUCCCAGCCGUGCCUGCACGGGGGCUCCUGCCAGGAUCGAGUCGCCGGGUACCUGUGCAUCUGCAGCCCCGGGCACGAAGGAGCCCACUGUGAGCUGGAGACGGACGAGUGCCAGGUGCAGCCCUGCAGAAACGGAGGCUCCUGCAGGGACCUCCCAGGGGCCUUCGCGUGCCAGUGCCCCGAAGGCUUCACUGGAGUCCGCUGCGAGACAGAGGUGGACGCCUGCGACUCCAGCCCCUGCCAGCAUGGAGGCCGGUGUGAGAACGGUGGCGGGGCCUACCUGUGCGUCUGCCCAGAGGGCUUCUUCGGCUACCACUGUGAGACAGUGAGUGAUCCCUGCUUCUCCAGCCCCUGCGGGGGCCGUGGCUACUGCCUGGCCAGCAACGGGUCCCACAGUUGUACCUGCAAAGUGGGCUACACGGGCAAGGACUGCGCCAAAGAGCUCUUCCCACCAACGGCCCUCAAGGUGGACCGAGUGGAGGAGAGCGGGGUCACCAUCUCCUGGCGCCCACCCGAGGGCCAGGCCGCCAGGCAGAUGCUGGACGGGUACGCAGUCACCUACGCGUCCUCUGACGGCUCCUUCCGCCGCACGGACUUCGUGGACCAGAGCCGCUCCACCCACCAGCUCCGGGCCCUGGCGGCUGGCAGAGCCUACAACAUUUCCGUCUUCUCGGUCAAGCGCCACGCCAACAACAGGAACGACAUCAGCAGGCCCGUGGCGCUGCUCACCCGCACGCGACCCCGCCCUGUCGAGGGCCUUGAGGUCACCAACGUGACGGCCAGUGCCAUCUCCGUGCGGUGGGCUCUACACAGGAUACGUCACGGCACCGUCACUGGUGUCCGUGUGUCCAUCCGCCACCCUGAAGCCCAAGAGGACCAGUCCACCGAUGUUGACAAGAACGUGGACACGUUCACGUUCGGGGCCCUGCUUCCUGGGAGGAGGUACACGGUCCGGGUGACCGCCCUCAGUGGGCUCGGCGCACAGGAGCGUCUGACCGAGAGCCUGGCCUCAGCUCCUCUGCACGUGUGGACACGGCCUCUGCCGCCAGCAAACCUGACUGCCACCCGAGUCACGGCCACCUCUGCCCACGUGGUCUGGGAUGCGCCCGCCCCAGGCACCUCGCUGGAGGCGUAUGUCAUCAACGUGACCACCAGCCAGAGCACCAAGAGCCGCUACAUCCCCAACGGGAGGCUGGUGUCCUACACUGUGCGGGACUUGUUGCCCGGGCGGCGGUACCAGCUCUCGGUGACAGCCGUGCAGGGCACGGAGGGCGACCAGCUGCACGGGGAGCCCGCGCACCUGUACAUCAUCACCUCCCCAAGGGACGGCACCGACAGACGCUGGCACCGGGAAGGGCUCCACCCACGGGUGCUCAGAAACAGACCAGUCCCCGGGCGCCUGCCAGAGCUGCGUCUACUCAAUGAUCGUGGGGCUCCUGAAAUGCCCACCCAGGCCCCCAGGUUUUCGGAGCUCAUGGACGGCAGAGGACGAGUGAGUGCCAAGUUUGGCGGCUCACCAGGCAAAUCGGUCACCGUGAGGUCACAACCCACGGCUCUGGUGCAGCUGGAGGACGCCCCCAAGCAGGUCAGCCUGGCCCUGCAGCACCCUGAACGUGACGGUGACAAGGAUGUCGGAAACACCCCUGGGAACUGCACAGAAAACCCCUGUCAGAAUGGAGGCACCUGCAUGCCAGGCGCGGACACCCACAGCUGUGACUGCAGCCCGGGGUUCAAAGGCAGGCGCUGUGAGCUCGCCUGUAAGAAGCUGCCCCAGCCCUGCACACGCCUAUUCUCAGAGACCAAGUCCCUGCCGGUCUGGGAAGGAGGCGUCUGUCACCACGUGUACAAACGAGUCUACAAGGUGCACCAGGACAUCUGCUUCAAAGAGAGCUGUGAGAGCACAAACAUCAAGAAAGCCCCAAGCAGGAAACAAAAUAACAGUCCAACACUGAAGACAGCGUAGGACCCCGUGAAGAGCCAUCUACUGAAGGAAAACACGGGGUGUGGGGCCUUGGUCACAACUUUUGGGAGGUCCCAAAGGCUCUGUCGCUGGGAGAGUCCUAAGCACCCAGAAACCCUGAGAUGAAAGCAGCUUCCUGACUCAGUUUCACCCAGCAUUUCCCAAGCCCCUUGGGAACUCAGCCCCGUCUGGGCCCACCGGCCCACACAUAAGUGGCCCAGGUCUUCACAGUCACUUGGAAGACACCGAGCUUCCCACUGAUGUCGCCAGGCAGCCUCGGCAGCUCUGCUCUCAUUCCACCAGUGAGCCUAACAGUCCAUCCCCUGUGCGGCAGGAGAGGGAGGCGCCUGGGUACACACAGCUUCACACAGGCCAUGGUUGUGACACGGCUGAGGGAUGUUAUCAGAGACCACCAACAGCCAGCAGCAGAAGGGCCUUGCAGCUGGUGGUGACCAGGCAGCAACCGCAGGCAGGAAGCACCAAGAGAACCAUGGCCUCGGAGAGCCAUCCCUUCAGAUGUGAGGCCACUCAAGGAAUCACCCCCACCUCACGCUCCAAAGACACGCGCAUCCAAAGCACGCUACGAGCCCUGCAAGCAAUCAGCACUGGGAUCAAGAACCCACAAACAUGGAUUGGGUUUAAAUACUUAUAAUGCAGCCAGUCACCUGAAAGAAUGAAAAAUUUUUUAAAAAGUUGCUCAAGCCCAUUUCUAUAAAACAAAUCAGAAACCCUCCCCUAAUCAUCGAGAACUGGCUUCUAAAACACUAAAUUCCUGACACAAAGGAAACACCGACAGGCAGGGCACAGAAACACACAGCCAGCCACCCCAAGACCACCACAAAAAAAACGCAUUUCCACCCAGAGCAAUGGGCAGCAUGCCAGCAACGAAAGGUCCAGGGCAUUGCUGAGGGGGGGCAGCCUGUGAUGCUGCCCAAAGGUCCCUCCCCCUCAGGACACAGUCAGACCUGUCCCACCCUGUGUGCUGCCACAGGAGAGCGCACAGGCCUCACAGUUUUGAUGCGGCAGACGGACGGCCUGGGGCAGCGAGUCCAGACACUAAGAGAAACAAGCAGCUGCCGUCUCAAAGAGGAAAGGGUACCAUCUCCUGAUGCCCAUUUUGUUCUUUCUUCAAAGGACUCUGGCCGUUCUUGCUACACUCCACCAACCUCACGCGUUUCUAAAGCCCAGGAAGAUGAAGUCUAAUUUGGACUGACAAGGACACCCUGAGCGACAGGGUCCUGGCUGGAAUCUGUCCCUUCUGUGGCUUCCCUCCUCCAGCUUCUAGAAGGCAGAAGGCCUGGCGGGCCCGGUCAGGGAGGUCCUCGGGACGGACACCAAGUCCCACCGAGCUGGAACCCAGACCCCGUUUCCUCCGUGGCAACCUGUGCCUCUGAGGAGCAGCAACCGAGUAGGGGGAGCCCUGGAUGAGCAAGGCCUUAGCAGAGCCUCAGCAACAUCCAGAAACCAGUUCCAGGUUAUAAAUCAGAGAAAGAAUUCUCCCUUUGAGACCCAACAGCCAAACUGAGAAGGAGCUGCCAGGCGUGGAGGGUGGGGCCGGGAGGUGGGGAAGAGACUGACAGGGCACAGGGAAGCAGGCUCACCUCCCAGCACAUCAUUUGCUGAGGGAGGUGAGGGCUCAUGAUCCAUCACCCGACCAGGUUUUGAGAGACAGCGUUCACAGUGACGGAGUUUAGACCCUUUCAGUACCACUUCUUCCGUGAAGGGUGAGGCAGGAGGUAUCUUUGGCUUUGUGAGCCAAAUGGUCUCCAUGGCAAUGGCCCAGCCCUGCCCUCAAGCGCACACAGCCAUGGGUGUACCUGACCUGGUGAGGCUAUUUCCAAUAAAACCUGAUUUACAAAAACGGGCCACAUCCCCUGGGCCACACAGGCUAACCCCACCGAGGCUCCGGCCUGAUGCAGAGAAAGCCACCCCGGAUAAGUCACACCACAGCACCAAAGACCCUCCGGAGCGUCAUGGAAGCCUCACGCAAGCCCCACUUGGAGAUGAGCCUGGCAGCAGCCGGGCUCCUCCGUACAGGUCUCAGUAAUGAAGAUGUACAUCCGGGGCGGGCGAGGCCAGAGGAUGUUUAAGAUCCUUUUAGUCCAUGACUCAGGCAACACUGUUUCAGGCCACCAGGCAGCACACACCAUCUCCACACCCAACAGCGCUCCAGCAGAUGGCAUCAUCACCACACCUUCUGAAUAGCUCUCCUCCCUGCAAGUGAGGUUGUGACCAGCCAGCCCACUUCUACCUGCUGGGCACUUCAGCAGCCAACCUGAGUCAGGCCUGCAGCCGCAGGAAGAGACCUUCCUCUCAUCUUUAUAAAACAUUUUUAGAGAGUUAAAGAGUAUAUUUUGUACUUCCUACUUUUAUCAAAGUCAUGUGCAUAUGUCUGUGUAUUAGAUGACUUGUCAUUUUCAGAAAGGUUAAGUCACUUCACAAUGUCUCUACUACACUCCAGAACGUCCAUCUCAGGGCCACCGAGGGCAUGGCUGCACUCCAUGGAAGGGCUCCAACCCAGGGUGGAAUGAGAACCACAACCACAGACGCGUGCCGACUGUCACUAUGCACCCAGUAAGCUACGGAACCACCAGCAAGUGACAAGAGCAAGUGGCAUCACUGGAAAAGCAGAUGAAACUUUCUACGGUCACGUUAAUGACCUCGAGCCCCUCGGCCACGAGGCAGACGUGAACGUGCUCCAGGUUUCAGCUCAGAAGCAUCUGUUUCUACGAGAAAGUCUACUGAAUCCAGAGGUUGUGCUGUGUGGCCUUACGAUAAACCCAUUCUGAUGCUGUACAAAUUAAGUAUCUAGUAAGAAGACUUCCUGAUUCUAAAGGGAAUUAUAAAGCCUUAAAACAUUCCAAACGAGCUUCCACAUGGCUCCUUCGUAAAACUCUUCCUUGAAAAUACUCAACGUCCAUCCAAGGAAAUCAGUAAUAAUGGAUCAGGAAACUAUCAGGGCAUAAACGUUUAUUUUCUGUCAAAAUGACGGGAGCAACCUUGAGUUGCAGAGCUAGCCACCUGCUCACGGCUGGGUGGCCUGACCAUGCAAUCAAGCAUAGAUUUGGGAUUUAGGUUUCCUCUGUCCCGACUGAACACAAGAACCACACUGUAGGCUCCAGGGAACAUGCCGGCCACGUGGACACCACAAAAUGGAGAGUAAAUGAAAACACUGGGACAUAGUGAAAUGUCUUCCUUUUCAAUAAUUUUGUCUGUGGCCAGAAAGGCAGUUAAGACAAAAAUGUCCCCUUCCCCCCCUGCAAGCGGCUGUCAGAGGAAAUGAAGCCGCUCUGCCACCAGGGAGCCCAGCAGGCAAAGGCGACUCCAUGUUACCGACCCCCAGCACCUUCCCUUGGCUAGACUGCCUGCUUCCUGCUGGCCAACCAGGGCUACGGAUGUCUGGCCCACCUGUGUGGAGUUCCCUAAGCUGCUUGUUCUGCACGCAGUAUCCCUUUCUCUGCAAUCCACUGGAGCUGGGAGAAAGCAAAAGCAUGACUGUUUUGAGUCAGCGCUGAAACCCCCCAGAAAACAGAGCUCAAGUCUGCCAACUGCAUUCCAGUGUGGGGAAAGAAACUCUAAAAAUCAGCAAUUUACUAUCCUUUUAAACAAAAGAAAUAACAAACAUAAACCAUUUCAAACCUGGGGUUCUCAUGAGCAGACGGUCACAUUAGAGCCAUGUCUUCACUUCGGCCCAUGACACUUGGGCUGGUCACUCUGUAUGAACAGUCCUGUGCAACACAGGGCAUUUGACAGCAGCCCUGGCCUCAAUCCACUGGGCCCCAACUGCUCUUUCUCCUGGUCCUAACAACCAAAAAUGUCUCCAGAUGUUCCCUGGGUCAGGAUGGCCCCAGGUGAGAACAAGACCUGACAGUAUUCUCAUAUGGUCUGCAGGAAGGAGCUGGGAGCCUCACAGUUCUAGGUGCUGCCAGCCUGAACUCUGGUCACAUCACCAGAAUUGCCCUCUGCAGCAUCAGCCCAAGAAAGGGGUGCCCAGAACUUCCUAGGACAACCCACUCUCCCCCAUCAGAGCUCAUGCCAUCAGGGCUGGGCCUCUGACUCCAACCCUUCAAAUCACUGCUUGGACCCACUGGGUUCUUGAGGGGACUUCUUCCCCGUUGGUGUCAUGGAGCGCUCCCUGGAAUGACACCACCAGACCCUUGGCCCCACCCAGUCCCACCUGGCCCAGCCAGGUGCUCUUCUCCCCUGGCCUCAGAAGCCCCCUGUAAAAGGACGCUCCACAGCUCCUUCUGUUCUGGCUCACCCCAGGUCAGCACCGCUGGCAGCUAGAGAUGUCAGGCCCCAAGUGACCUGCCGGCCAUUAGCGGGCACGAAAGCCAAGUUCCCUGAGCUUGGGGCCAGGGCGCACUCCUCACAGAGAAGUGCCCAGUGCUGUGCUGGCAGGAGGAAGCCAAACAUCACUGACCCACUUCCCCUACUCUGCUGUACACUAAAUGCAACUAUGAAUAAUAUUUUUGGAUUAAAAACAUGAGUAUUUUUGUGGAAAUAAAGUGCUAUGAUGUACUGAAA